UGUUAAUAAUCUCAGCUACUUACAAGUAGAGACACUGCCACUAAGACAGCAGCAAAACCAUCACCAACUCACCUUUCGCAAACAGAGUAUACUUUCUAAUAAUGGCAGUAGAGGCUCAAGUUCACAACCAGUUUGAAGUGAACUUCACCAGAAAAUCUAUCAUCAAAGCAAUCUGUCCCUUGCCAGACCCUCAUGUUCUCACUCUCUCAAACCUUGACCUUCUUUCUGGACGCUUUCCCGUCACAUACUUUUAUUUCUACCAUAAACCACCCGUUGAUGAUUUCGUGUCAGUCGUAGAGGCCCUUAGCCUCUCCCUCGCUGCAACGCUUCACCAUUUUUAUCCAUUUGCUGGUCGGAUUGUUCAGAACCCAAAAACCGCUGAGCCUGAAAUCAUCUGUGACAACAAUGGUGCUCUUCUUGUGGAGGCCCAGGCUAACAUCCCUCUAAGAGUGCUAAACUUCUACAAUCUUAAUCAAUCUCUUCAGGGAAAACUAGUCUGUAUCAACACUGACUUCCCAUUGCAAAUCCAGGUAACGCGCUACACCUGUGGAGGCAUAUCAAUGACAUUUACAUUUGACCAUGCGUUGGGUGAUGCGAGUGCCUUUGGUAAGUUUCUUCUUACAUGGUCUGAAAUAGCCACAAGUAAGCCAAUUCAUUGCAUACCAGAUCACCGUAGACACCUCUGCCCCCGAUUUCCUCCUUCUUAUGACCCGUCAUUGGACACAACUUUCGUCUCCUGCACUAUGGACGACAUACUUAACAUGCCAACACGAAAUAUAUUGCUCAAGCGCCUAUAUAAUAUAGAUGUAUCAAGCAUUAACUUGUUGCAGAGACUUGCAUGUAUUGAUGGUAGCAAAAGAACCAAAAUAGAGGCUUUCUCAGCUUACAUCUGGAAGAUAAUGGUCAGCGCGAUAGAUGGAAGUCAUGAAAAUUGUAAGAUGGGUUGGUUAGUCGAUGGGAGAACUAGAAUGUGUAAAGAUCAGAAUUUUAUGUCGAACUACAUAGGAAAUGUCUUGUCUCUAGCUACUGGUGAGGCAAGCUUGUCUGAACUGAAGCAAGGAUCCAUAUCACGUGUUGCCAAGAUAGUCCAUGAAGCAAUUUCCAAGGUAACUAAUGAGGCACAUUUCUUGGAUUUGAUUGAUUGGAUUGAGUGUCAUAGGCCUGGUUUGAUGCUAGCUAAGAUAGUGUUAGGUCGUGGAGGGCCUGCUGUUGUAGUGUCAUCGGGAAGGAGGUUUCCCGUCGCUGAAUUGGAUUUCGGAUUUGGGAGUCCGGUGCUUGGGACUGUCUGUUCAACUAUAGAAAGGAUUGGAGUUGGUUAUAUAAACCAAAGGCAAAGUGCAAAGGGCGACGGGUCUUGGACUGUAUCGGCCAUCUUAUGGCCGGAGUUGGCUGCUGCACUGGAGUCUGAUUCUGCUCAUGUUUUUCAGCCCAUGGAUGCAAAUCAUCUUCAAUUUUAGAGCCAUUCCAUAUCUCAAUCUGUAAAGGAAAGAAACUUGAUCUUUAAGAUGUGGGUAUGUGACAGUAGAAAUGUACCAGAAUAAUGUAAGAGUAAACGCAUACUAUGCAUAUGUA